AUGUCUUUCGCACAUUUCGCCAAGGUAUUCAAUGAUCCUGAAGUGGAUCUUGAGGAUGACGUAUGGGCCAAAAAGACCGGUGCUCGCUGGGAUAGAGAAUUCCAUCGUUUUAUUAGAGAUGUCACCGAAUCUUCAGUCUUCAACUUCAUAAUCAUGUUCACAAUCGUUUGUAAUGCCUUGUGUAUGGCUUUGGAGACCGACAUUUCUAUUCGAGAGAGUGGCAAAGAUUUGUUUCACAUUCUAGACGAACUGUUUUUAGCGGUAUAUACUAUAGAGUUUAUAAUGAAAUUAUAUGCCGAGCCGAAAGGCUACUGGUUUAGUAGUUAUAACUUAUUUGAUUUUGCUGUUUUGGUGAUAUCCUAUGUCCAGAUUAUACUCGUGUUAAUGAAUGCAGGAGGCUCGGGCUUGGCGGCCUUACGUAUACUUAGGGCGCUGAGAACUCUGCGAACACUGCGCACAGUAUCUUUUAUAAGAGGAUUGCAGGUUUUGGUAACAGCUCUUUUGGACACCAUACGCAAAUCUGUGUUGAACGUAGUCGGACUGCUGCUCCUUCUGAUGUUCCUGUUUGGCAUAAUGGGGUACUAUUUCUUUGGAUACAAGGACGACGCAGACAAACAGAAUUGGGGAUCUCUGGACAAAGCCAUGCUUACUCUUUUUAGCUACGUUACCGUUGACGGAUGGACAGAUAUCCAGGAAAGUUUAGAUAACUACAACAUGGAUGGCAGCAGAAUUUACACCAUCUUUUUUAUUUUCCUAGGGCACUUCAUUUUUUCUAAUGUAAUGAUUGGCGUUAUCAUUAUGAAUAUCAGUGAAGCGACUGAAAACUACGCGGCAGAGCAGCUUGCCGAGAGAGAGGCUGCCCUGAAGCACAAGAAAGAGUUCCUUUUACAACGUCAGCACAAUGAAGUUAAACAAAUGCUGGAGAAACAGCGAAGGGGUAAGUACUCAAAUUUCCACGAAAUGGUCCAAGAAUUCGAAGAUACACUACGUCAUGACGAUUUUGCAGUGGUCUCAGAUAUCUCUACAAAUCUUAUCUGGCUAGACACGUUACUCACGAGUCUCGAUCAUAUGGACAACUCAAUGUUCAGGGUCCAGCAGCUUCACUUUGAACUGUGUGGUGCACUGUCGCAGAUGUUAGAUGAAAAACUUAGAGCGAAAUACGGCACUUAG